AGCUGCGGGUCAUUUACGGUCUUUGCUUUACGGGAUAUAAAAGUGUCGGCACAUUGGAGUUUGCACUGCCCUUUAAUGCAUCACUCCUCCAACCUUCCUCUGCGGAGUUUCCAACUUUUCACUCGAAGUUCAGCAGCGCAACUUCCCAAAUUUACUCCAACGCCGUGUUGCGCAAACACAAACUUUUGCAGAACGUCCAGGUCGCACUGUCGCCUCGGUCACAAUGUGGCUGCGCUGUGGACGCACGUCAAACUAUUUUACUUUCUUCAGGUGCCGGGUCUUCGGGUCCUGUUCGGAUGUUUUGGGUCGGAGGGGAUGUAACACGGCGGCGUUCAUGCCGGAGGCUGCGGGCUUCGAGGGGGUGUCGAGCCGCUCGGCGCUGCAGGAGUUCUCGGUCUCCGGCAGCAGCAGCUUCUGGGCCGCGGUGGCUCGUCACAGGCUCAGCUGGAUCAGUCCUUUCACCACGGUUCAGGACUGCGACCUGAGCCGAGGCAGGAUCAAGUGGUUUGAGGGAGGAAAGCUCAACGUGUCCGUAAACUGUUUGGACCGCCACGUGCACACCUGUCCUGACAGGGUGGCACUGAUCUGGGAGAGAGAUGAGCCGGGGUCAGAGGUCAGGGUCACCUACAGGCAGCUCCUGGAGAUGACAUGUCGUGUGGGCAACCUGUUGAGGCGGCAUGGCGUGAAGAGGGGGGACUGCGUCACCAUCUACAUGCCUUCCUGCCCUCUGGCUGUGGCGUCCAUGUUGGCCUGCGCCCGCAUCGGUGCGGCCCACAACGUUGUGUUUGCUGGGUUUAGCGCGGAGGCCCUCUCAGAGCGGAUCAGAGACGCUCAGUCCAGCGUCAUCAUCACGGUGAACCAGGGCGUCAGAGGGGGUAAGGUCACGGAGCUGAAGAGGACGGUGGAUGAGGCGGUCCAGAGCUGCCCGGCUGUGCAGCAGGUGUUUGUUGCUAUGAGAACAGAGACUCCGGUUGUCAUGACAGCCAGGGACAUUGCCAUGGAGGAGGAAAUGCAGAAGGAGGACGUGGUGUGUGAGCCGGCAGCCAUGGACAGUGAAGACAUUUUGUUUCUGCUUUACACAUCUGGCAGCACGGGGAAGCCCAAAGGCCUGGUCCACACUCAGGCCGGGUAUCUGCUGUACGCCGCACUCACCCACAGGUACGUGUUCGACUACCAUGAUGGAGACGUGUUUGGCUGUGUGGCAGACAUCGGCUGGAUAACAGGACACAGUUACAGCGUCUACGGCCCGCUCGCCAAUGGGGCAACCACUGUUCUGUUUGAGAGCACUCCCAUUUACCCUGACCCAGGUAUGAACACCAGCGAAUGGUACCAACCGGUAUGA